CUCUACGUGACAGCGGACCCACCAAACCAAUGUGAAUAGCUGACAUUUAACUCAAGCCGCCGCCCCCUUUCCCUCACUCUCCGCUGGUUUCCUUUUUUUGGAGCCACAGCUGCCAAUGUGUAGUUCAUCUUGGUAAAGUUCGGACAAAGAGCGAAGGCAUGCCGCUGGCUCGCAGCCUGUCUGUCACGUCCCUCUCAGGACUGGAGGAGUGGGAUGAGGAGUUUGAUUUGGAGGACGCUGUUCUUUUUGAAAUUGCAUGGGAGGUUGCUAACAAAGUUGGAGGCAUCUACACCGUCAUCCAGACCAAAGCCCGUCUGACCUCAGAGGAAUGGGGCGAGAACUAUUUCCUGGUGGGUCCCUACGUGGAGAGCAACGUGCGCACUCAGGUGGAGCUGAUCGAGCCCACCAACCCUGCACUGAAGAGAACCAUUGACAAGAUGAACUCCAGUGGGUGUAAGGUCUACUUUGGGCGGUGGCUUAUAGAGGGCAGUCCCUAUGUUGUUCUGAUUGAUGUCGGGUUCACCGCCUGGUCUCUGGACACCUGGAAGAGCGAGCUGUGGGAGCUCUGUGACAUCGGAGUGCCGUGGUUCGACCGCGAGGCCAACGAUGCCGUGCUGUUUGGCUUCCUGACGGCCUGGCUGCUGGGAGAGUACGCAGCCCAGUCUGAGGAGCCUCCACACAUUGUGGCCCAUUUCCAUGAGUGGUUGGCUGGUCUGGGCCUGGUGUUGUGUAGACACAGGCAGCUGCCCGUUGCAACCAUCUUCACCACUCACGCCACACUGCUGGGACGAUACCUGUGUGCUGGAAAUGUGGACUUCUAUAACAAGCUUGCAAACUUCAACGUGGAUAAGGAAGCAGGCGACAGACAGAUCUAUCACCGCUACUGUUUGGAGCGGGCGGCAGCUCACUGUGCCCAUGUCUUCACCACUGUGUCACAGAUUACAGCCAUUGAGGCAGAGCACCUGCUCAAGAGGAAACCAGACAUCGUCACUCCCAACGGACUCAAUGUGAAGAAGUUCUCAGCCGUGCACGAGUUUCAAAACCUCCACGCUCAGAGCAAGAACCGCAUUCAGGAGUUCGUCAGGGGACACUUCUACGGGCACCUUGACUUCAAUCUGGACAAGUGUUUGUUCCUCUUCAUCGCUGGAAGGUAUGAGUUCUCCAACAAGGGAGCCGACAUCUUCUUGGAAGCUUUAGCCAGACUCAACUAUCUACUGAGAGUCAAUCACAGUGACGUAACCGUCAUUGCAUUCUUCAUCAUGCCUGCCAGGACAAACAACUUCAAUGUGGAGACCUUGAAGGGCCAAGCUGUCAGGAAACAGCUCUGGGAUACUGCUCAGACUGUGAAGGAACGCUUCGGAAAGAAACUUUAUGAGUCCCUUCUGGUUGGGCAGCUGCCAGAUGUGUCGAAGAUGCUGGACAAAGAGGAUUUCACCAUAAUGAAGCGUGCCAUCUUUGCGACUCAGAGACAAUGCCAGCCUCCAAUCUGCACCCAUAACAUGCUGGAGGACAGUAGCGACCCCAUCCUUAACUGUGUCCGCCGUAUCGGCCUUUUCAACAGCUCGGCGGACCGUGUCAAGAUAAUCUUUCAUCCAGAGUUCCUUUCGUCCACCUCUCCUCUACUUCCAAUGGAUUAUGAAGAGUUUGUAAGAGGCUGCCACCUCGGCGUCUUCCCCUCUUACUAUGAGCCUUGGGGCUACACACCAGCUGAGUGCACAGUCAUGGGAAUUCCAUCAAUCUCAACCAACCUGUCAGGAUUUGGCUGUUUUAUGGAGGAACACAUAGCAGACCCCUCAGCAUAUGGUAUUUACAUCCUGGACCGGCGGUUUCGGGGGGUCGACGAGUCGUGUAACCAGCUCACCUCCUUCCUGUUUCAGUUCUGCAAGCAGAGCCGGCGCCAGCGCAUCAUCCAGAGGAACCGGACUGAGCGUCUCAGCGACCUCUUGGACUGGAGAUACCUCGGCAGGUAUUAUAUAUCUGCCCGUCACAUGGCCCUGGCAAAAGCCUUCCCUGACACCUACUAUUAUGAACUCAAUGAGCCUACCUCAACCUCAGGCUUCCGUUACCCGCGACCAGCCUCUGUGCCACCGUCUCCAUCUCUGUCCCGCCACUCCUCCCCCCACCACAGCGAGGCCGAGGACAAUGAUGAAGAAGAACGCUACGACGAGGAUCUGGAGGCCGAAAAGGAUCGGGUGAACAUCCGCCAGCCCUACGCCCUGCCAUUCAAAAACAAGUCUGCUGUCUACGGGGCCAAUGGAAACAGCGAUAGUGUCACAAGCGAAAAAAACUGACACUCUCUCACACACACACACACACACACACACACACACACACACACACACACACACACACACAUAUACAGUACAUGCUAAACCUCACUAGUGAAACCUUACUCCGUGGCAAUCGUUAAUGUCAUCCAUGUACUCAAACACUUUAGAAAUGAGUGCAGUUGUGUGAAUGCGAGUGAUACAUUUAAUAUCGGCUUGUUGUGAAAACUUGCACCACUGUCAGUGUCUUCCCAACUUGUGCGUACCUCAGAAUUUUUAAGAAUAUAAGUCUGUUUGAUAUGUUUGGUUAUUGUUUCAGUUACACCAGCAGUGCAACCAGUGGUUUGCUUUGUGGAGUAAACGCAGCAGCUAGAAAGGGCUAAACGACAGCUCAACAUGGAAUACAAAUCAGGAUCGCUGGAUUUUGUAGUGUACUAACACUGGAUAACAUACUUUAGGUCUAAAGCAUUGAAAACAAUAACAGAGGAUUAUUACGAGUCUCUGGAGUAGUUUUUAUAUUUGAUUUAAAGGUGGGUCAGAGCAGGGAAACCAAUAUAACACUCCUUUUUUACCAGCUUGUCAUCUUAACACAUUUUAAGCAGGAUCCAUUAUUUUCCUGGUAAAAAACAAAGGCCCAUGUAAAGAGUGUCAGUUGCUGUGAGGACCCACAAAGAGCACCUGUUCUUUUUACUUGUGUUUGGCUUAAAAGUGUGAUGAUGGUUCAGUGUUUAAAACACAACUGUCUGCAUUGUAGCAUUUUCUUCUUUCUUUCAAAUGCCUUGUUUACUACAAACCAUCCCAGGAGGGGAAAUUACAUGUAGAAAGACACACAUACACAACGACAAACAGCAUCAGCAAUCAAAAAGCUGUAAGUCCUCUCACUUGGAGAAUAGUGUUUUGUUGCAUGUGUGUUUUCAUUUUCUUUCUGCGCCUUAUUGUGUCACCGCCUUUCAGUGACGAUCACCCAUAAAUAACCUCACACUCCUUUUUAUCUGUCUGUGUGUGCUUGUGUGGAGAUGGUUAUUCCUGGGUUUCGCUGUUUGGGCAAGUAUUUAUUUGUGAAAGGAAUAGAGAUGAGACAGGUGGAGGAAAAAAGGGACUGUGUCCUCGGAUGGCGACCAUGUUGUCAGGUGAAGGACAUGAGAGAAAGGGCUGGGAAAGGAACUCGAGUACGUCUUGAUUGUUUGUCUGUUAAUGAAGAAGGAAAAUGGUUUUCCCAGGCGUGCACUCACACUCCCUGUAAAGAGUUUUAUCAUUUGUUACAAUCUUGCACCAGAUGAACUUAUAAUAAAGUUUAAAUAUAUAUACCUUA